AAGUCGUAUGUUUCUUGCGGAUCAUAUUUUUCAAGCGGAUAGAGGUGUUUUUGCAGAGCAGAUAAAACUUCAGGUUCGGAAAGACUUGCAGCGUGCCCGUGUCCAUGUCUGCCAAAUCCUGCGCGCGUUUGCCCUCGCAAGACAAGGAUCGUCUUUGAGCAGUCCGAACGCCGCGCUCUCAGCCAGCGAGACCACGCUCCAGCAGAGGCUUCCAGUUGGAGGGCUACGCCAUGACCCUGCCUUUUUGUCGGACAGCAGGUGAAGACAGUAGUAAGGAAAGGCCCCGAAUGGUCCAUAGCGACUCAAGGUGGCCGCCACCGUGGCCAGCGUGGGUCGCAUUGCCGACGGCAGGAUUUUUCGGUCGAAUCCUUCGCAGGACGAGGUCAAAUGCUGGACGGACGAGUGCUUGUAACACGGCAGCCUGCAGUUGU